AUGCAAAACCACUGGAAAUAUGAUACAGUUCAAGCAGCACAAGUGAGACUCAACCUUGUCAGUACAUUACUUAGUACUCUCUCUCUCUCUCUCUCUCUCUCUCAACAAGAACCAGGAAUAUAUCUUUGCAUAACAAAACCUGCCUUUUGAAAACCAGAUUGAGAAGUCUACUGUACAAUCCAAUCAACACAAUGAAGAGCUUACUACUGUUAUCAGCGGUUACUUUUCUGUACCCGGAUCCUGUUCUAUGCGAGAAAGGAUCAAAUUCACAUAUGUCAAAACAUAUUUCUAAUUUUCCUAAAACCUUCAAUGCGUCACAAGUUGGAGAAGAGCCUUGGCUUUACAUUGACAACCCAUCCACCAUUGAGUACCUAUCUGGUGACAUCAGCACUCGGGUUAUUCCAGCUAUAUAUAUCCUGGUUGUAAUAACAGGACUUCCAUCCAACGCUGUCGUUUUGUGGACGCUUCUCUCCAAAACCAAGAUUUUCUCCUCUGCAAUAUUAUACUUCAGCCUGGCCCUUUCUGAUCUGCUGUUUUUGGUCACACUAACUUUUAAAAUCCGUUACCAUCUCAAUGGCAACAACUGGACAUUAGGAGAGACCAUGUGUCAAGUGGUGACAGCCAGCUUCUACGGGAAUAUGUACUGUUCAAUUCUCAACCACGUGUGCAUUAGCAUAAGCCGCUACUUGGCCAUUGUUCAUCCCUUAACUUACAGAAGCCUUCCGAAAAGAAAGUGUGCUAUAGGGAUCUGCAUUCUGGUGUGGGCUUGCUUCUUUGCUGCGAUGGUGCCUGUUUUCUUUAUCACUCAGAGCUACGCUUUACCGCAGAUUGGGAAUUAUUUCUCAACCUGUCAUGAUGUACUCGCACAUAAUCCUGAGAAAAAGUUAUUGCUCAAAUUCUACUCUGUGCUCUUACCAGUGUGGGGAUUUUUUAUACCCCUCAUAGUCGCUUCGUUCUGCUACAUUUCAAUUCUCAGGAAUCUGGACAGGUCUGAACAGAUCUGGUAUUGGUAUAUGAAAAUGACUGGGUUGUUCUUCCUCAUUUUUAUCAUUUGCUUCACCCCAAGUAAUGUCAUCAAUGUUGUUCACUACAUCAGAUUGUACAGUGUUGGUAAAGACGACUUUUACGUUUAUUAUAACAUAGCCAUGUGUUUCAGUAGCCUACACAGCAGUCUUGAUCCAUUCCUCUUCUUCUUAAGUACAAAAUCAUCACGUUUACAUUUUAAUGCAACAUCCAAGCGGCAAAUCCUCAGCAUGUCUUAGUAACACAGCAAUCUGUGCAGAAGUUACCUGGAUGUAUGAGGAGAUAACCACUUUGCACGAAACUAAAUCAAACACCACAAAAAAAACUAACUGAGCCACAUGCUGUAGAGCAAUAGGCCCUGUAUAAAUUAUGUAGAUACUGUACAUUUAAAGAAACUGUAUAUUCUGAAAAUGUUGAUAUUUGGAAUAGUAAUCUAUAUGCAUUUUACUGAACUUGUUAUGCUUUAUUUUUGUGUAGAAAAGUACCAGAAAUACAACUGGUUCUCACACCUUUUCCAGCGGGGACCAAUUUGAGGGGACUUGUUAUGCAACUUUUCUGCAAAUAUUUCAGUUUUUUUGUUAGUACACCAGUUUAUCCAGAAGUAUAUCCAAUUUCAAAAUCCACUGCUGUGCUUCCUUUGUGAUAAUUCAAUUCUGGAAGGUUACU